AUGGACCUUGCGGCCACGCAAACGCAAAGCCACUUACGCCGGCUAGCGGCCAACGACAAGAGCCGCGCUUCCGCUCCACCGGCAAGACAUACAAUUACCGAGCCUCAGACUGUUUCUACCUCGACAGAUCAGCAAAUGACGGACCCUGACAGCACUCCGCAGGCGUCUCUGCAGCCCCCUGCCCCAUCUUCCGGCCGCAAGGGGUCUAAGAAGGUUCGGACUGGAUGCGUCACAAUCCGGAAGGUGAAAUGCGACGAGACCAAGCCUGCAUGUCUCCGCUGUACCAAAACGGGGAGGAAAUGCGACGGCUACCUCCCUCAAAAGCCGGCCAGCAGCAAUGAUGAUGCUGGAAGUCCAGGCUCAGAAGUUGCUCGCCUGACCCCUCCCAUAUCACCUUUCGCCGACUGGGCUGGCGGGAGUCGGGAACAACGCGCCUUUGACUUCUACCGCAACUUCUCUGCGCCGGCCAUCUUCAGCGACGGAUCCGGUGGUUCGACCCUGUGGAAGAAGCUUGUCCCGCAUUUCUGCCAUGCUGAGCCAAGCAUCCGUCAUGCCGUGCUAGCCAUCAGCAGCCUCCACGAGUCUCUGUCACAGGAGAAGUCUGCCGACGCUGGAGACACCACAUCAUCCCCGAAAUGGGCCGGCGUGCUCUCAAACACCUUCGCAUCAGAGCAAUACGGCAAGGCACUCAAGCAUCUACAAGAAUGGAAGCCAUCCGAGUCCGCAGGGGUCACGGUCCCGCUUCUAGCAUGUCUCCUCUUCAUCUGCAUCGAGUUCAUGCUUGGUGAUGAGAGAGCGUCGCAGGUGCACAUCAACCAGGGCCGGCUAAUUUUGGCGCAGCUUGAUUCGUCAAUAGCUGGAAACGACGUCAGCGUUAUCAAGAAGCACUUUGUACCCAUUUACAGCCGGCUAAGUCUUGCUUCGUUUUUGUUUGGGAGCAAUCCCGCUGAGAUACCCUCGAACCUGCGCUCUAGCUCCGCUACCAACUUGUACUUCGCGUCAGUCGACGAGGCAGAAGUCGCGCUGUACGAACUCAUUGACGAUGGACUCCGUUUCAGCAACAUGGCUAAAGGGAUAGUGUACUCCCGUCCAACAGAUGACCCGCAACUUCAGACUCUCCAGCAACAGCAAGGGGAGAUUCUGGCGAAGUUCAACAGGUGGCAUGUUGCCUUCACAGUGAUCUCAGCAGUGGAAGAUGCGAAGAGGGCCGGGAAGCUCUGCUUGCUGUACUACCAUACAGCCAAAAUAUGGAUCAGCACCGCCAUGUCCCCCCUUGAGACGGCGUAUGACGACCAUAUUGCUUCCUUUGCCGCCAUUAUUCAUCUUUCUGCCGAGUUCGUGCACUCUUCAAAGAAAUAUGUCAGGGAUCCCUCCAAAGCAGCCAUGUCGACACCCAAAUUCGUCUUCGAUACAGAGGUCAUACCCCCGCUGUACUACACCAUCACCAAAUGCCGCCACCCCAUGUUGCGACGAGCAGCCGCCGAUCUCCUAAAACAGGAAGCUGUGACGAAACGAAGAGAGAACCUGUGGGAUGCGCACAUGUCGGCCGAGAUAGGCAAGCGGAUUAUUGCGAUCGAAGAGGAUACCGGUCGCCGCGACGCACCUGACUUGGGAACUAUGAAUUGGGACGCUAUCUCAUGGACGGGGUCCGAGGAGCUCGCAAAUCUCCAAGCGCCGGCGGCCGGCUUUCCCAGCGAUACAUCAGUGCCCUGUACGCAGCGCCCGUGGAUUUCGAGAGAAACGAAUCACAUGCUCAAUGAGCAAUACGAAGCAGUAACCGACAUUGCUCGGAGCAGGCAGACGACGCCAGGUUCGGUGUCCGCGGGGUCAUCCACAGGUUCGUUGAGUAGCAAUACCAGCUGGGGAUCGAUGCACCUCGAAGCACCGUUCAACUUGCCCGAGUUCGCAAGAGUCAAGAACGUGCUGAUUGAUAAUGAGACGGCCCAUGGGAGUUGGUUAACUUUGUUUAUGGACCCGGAGGAAGCAGGUGCCCAGAGUUGGAAAGUCACAAAGGAGUUUGUAAGGGCUUGA